AUGUAUUUGAGGUUUCACGUAUACAAUCAUAUAACCAGUCACGAUCUGGCAUGCACACACAUUUCGGUUCCAGAACGAGCACAAGCAGAUACCUCCAUGGCGAUCUGGGCUGAGCUGAGCUUCAACCGCCGCACUUGUACCUAUGUCACAGAAAGCCAAGUUGUCGGUCGUCGCACACUCACCACAUCUCCCAGUUGCCUUCAAUUGACAACACUCACCGUAAAGAUGGCAACCCGACGAUCUGCCCGGUUGAGUGCUCUGGCCGUAGCUCAGCUCAACGACGCGGCUGCUCCCAUACUUCCUCCUCCGGCACCUGCUCCCAAGUCCCGGAAGAGGAAGGCCAGCGUCGAGGACGAGGGCGCGCCAACCACAGAAGAACCACAGCUACCUUCAACUCCCCAGAAACGGAAAGUCUCAAAGAAGGCAGCACCACCACCCGCAACUCCAACACCAGCCGCCGCAGCUCUGCUCUCCUCCCUGGCUGUUCAGAAACCCAAGCCCGCCGCCAUCUCCCGCCUAGCCGACCCAAACAAGACCAACGCCCCUUUACUCUCCCCUCAAACCUCACGCGUGGUCUCUUCCAGCCCAAUCAAACCCAGAGAUAUCCAAGAUAGCCUCUCCCCAUCCAAGCCCAAGGCCCCUGGCGUGGCAACAAAAGACUCCGAGAGCACCACAACAGAAAACAUCCUCGAAAAAGCCUGCGCCCACCUCAUCGCCAUCGACCCACGCAUGAAACCUCUCAUCGACAAGCACCCCUGCCGCGUCUUCAGUCCCGAGGGACUAGCAGAGCAAAUCGACCCGUUUGAAAGUCUCGUGAGCAGUAUCAUUUCCCAACAGGUAAGCGGCGCGGCAGCCAAGUCGAUCAAAGCCAAAUUCGUCGCUCUAUUCGAAGAAGAAGACGACCCCCCUUCAGAUCAGAAAGAAGACAAGGAGAAGAAGACCCAAGAGAACGACCCAACGCCAACAAAACGCCGCUUCCCCACCCCGGCCCACGUCCUAGCCAAGGACCUCCCCACCCUCCGCACCGCCGGCCUCUCCCAGCGCAAAGCCGAGUACAUCCACGGCCUCGCCGCCAAAUUUGCGUCGGGCGAGUUAUCCGCCUCGCUCCUCGCCUCGGCGCCCUACGAGGAGCUCGUCGCCAAACUCGUUGCCGUUCGCGGACUGGGGCUCUGGACCGUCGAGAUGUUUGCUUGUUUUGCGCUCAAGAGGAUGGAUGUCUUUUCGCUGGGCGACUUGGGCGUACAGAGGGGGAUGGCGGCGUUUGUGGGGCGGGAUGUAAAGAAGCUCAAGAAUGGGGGCAACGGAAACGGAAAGGAUAAGAAGUGGAAGUAUAUGAGUGAGGCGGAGAUGAGAGAGAUAAGUGAGCGGUUUAGGCCGUAUAGGAGUUUGUUUAUGUGGUAUAUGUGGAGAGUGGAGGAGACGGAUGUUAGUAGUAUGGAGUAAGGUGGUUGGGGUCUUGGGGGACUUUCGCUCUGUCCUUGAGGGCCGGCGAGGCGUUGCUGGUACCGUUACCUCUAGUAACCGAUGAGACAUGAUAUGUUGACAACUUAACCCCAGGGCAUGAACUAUCAUGGUGUAGACCAGUUCAGAGUCUACAAAGUUACGGACCUCGAUCUGAUAUGACUUACAAAGGAACUCUACCCUAAACUAUACAACCAAUCACUCCCCACCCCUUCGUCAAAAACACCGAUAGAUAACAUGUGAAUAAACGCUACCUCCUCUCCUCCCC